UAAAUACGCACACAAAAUGACUACAAAAGAACCAAAUGGUCGCGUGGGGAUGAUUAAAAAACUGCGGAGAUCCGCAUCGGCCAGUGAACACAAUUUAAGCGAAUUGCGUAAUCGCAAAUCUACACAAAAUCUAUUCGAUCAAAAUGGCACACCUAUAGAUCUCAAACAAUUUCGUAAAGUUUUGGACAAGGAAGACAAUGGUAAUAAUACAGAGAAAAAGACUAGAUAUCGGAGGACACAGAGUGUAACCCGAGCUGAAGAAAUAACAACCAAAGAAGAAAAACAACGCAAGGAACAGCCAGAUAAACCCAUCCAUCGGCCCAGAGAUUCUUUAUUUUCUUGGAGUUCUGGUUUUAGCAAUUUUACCGGCUUAGUCAAUUGGGGUUUCCUGUUGUUAACCAUAGGUGGUUUCAGACUAUGUUUAGAGAACUUGUUAAAAUAUGGCAUUAGAAUCAAUCCUAUUGAAUGGUACUUCUUUUUAAGCGGCAAAAAUAAGGGCGAAGGUCAUUCGUCAUUAUUUUUAAUUUCAUAUUCCAUUGUACAUUUAUCAAUUUGCUUGAUGGUGGAAAAAGGAUUAGCCAUGGAAAUCAUUGCGGAGGGAUUGGGCAUGUUUAUACAAGUGACAAAUAUAAUUGUUUUUGUGGUCUUGCCAGUAGUAAUAAUGCAUUUAAAGGGACAUCUAUUCAGUUUAAUGGGUGCUUCAACGGUUUGUUUCUUCUAUUCGAUACUAUUCCUUAAAUUGUGGAGUUAUGUGCAAGUCAACAUGUGGUGUCGUCAGACCUAUCAUACUAAGCAAUAUAACCCUAGAAAAAGGCGUCCCAGCAUAACAUUGGCUCAAUUAAAGAAUGGCCAAUUGGAUGAGGAAGAUGAAAAGGAUGAAGAUGUUCCCGUUUUGAUACAAUAUCCCGAUAAUUUGUCCUACAAAGAUUUAUUUUAUUUCCUUUGCGCUCCUACUUUAUGCUAUGAAUUGAACUUCCCCCGUACAACACGUAUACGUAAACGUUUCCUAUUGAAACGUAUUUUAGAAGUAGUGUUUGGUGUAAAUGUUGUUAUGGCUCUAUUCCAGCAAUGGAUUAUACCCUCAGUGCGUAAUUCUCUAAUACCAUUCUCAAAUAUGGAUGUGGGUUUGGCAACGGAACGUUUAUUGAAAUUAGCGUUACCAAAUCAUUUAGUUUGGCUGUGCUUUUUUUAUUUAACUUUUCAUUCAUUUUUAAAUGCUAUUGGAGAAAUAUUACACUUUGCUGAUCGUAACUACUACAACGAUUGGUGGAAUGCCAAUAAUAUUGAUACAUUCUGGAGAACAUGGAAUAUGCCGGUACACAGAUGGUGUGUAAGACACUUAUAUAUUCCUGUUGUACAAAUGGGCUACUCCUCAAGGCAAGCUUCUACCAUCGUUUUCCUGAUAAGUGCAUUUUUCCACGAAUAUUUGGUUUCUGUUCCCCUACAAACAUACAAAAUUUGGGCAUUCCUCGGUAUGAUGGGUCAAAUUCCCUUGUCGGCCAUUUCGAAAACUAUUGAACGUUCAUUGGGUCCACGUAUGGGUAAUAUUAUUGUAUGGGCUUCAAUAAUACUCGGACAACCGUUGUGCAUUAUGAUGUAUUACCAUGACUAUGUUAUAACGCAUUUUACAGAUGCUUUAAAUAGUACCGUUUACAAAGAAGUUUGAAUAUUUUUGUAAAAUUUAUUAAUUUUGGUACUUAUGGCAGACAAUAAAAUAAUUAUGUAAAAAUAGUGUUUUAGCAUUCUUGAAAUGUAAACCAAUUACAUUUAAUAUUGCAAUUACUUUUAUUCCUUUGAAAUUGUUAUACAUACAUUGAAAUUGAAAUAUGAAUUAAGAAAAAAAUGUUAAAACUAUAAGAAACGAGAAUGAUGAUUGUAAAGUUUAGUUUGUAUACAAUUCUUACAAAAUAUUUUUGUAAAAUUUAAUUAAGAGUUAAACAAAAAUGUAAAUAAAAAAAAUGAUUAUUUGAUACGAUAAAA